GAAUGAUCCCACCGGACAAGAACCAAUAUGGCGUAGUUGUAAGCAAAAUUGUUUUCGGUAUGUCUCCUUACAAUGGACGAUAAUCACCAAAAAAAUAUCAUGGAUCCCGAAGAUAUCUACUCAAAGAUUGAUGUGGCACGGAGUAGAUAUCCUUACUGCAUUGUAUGGACACCCAUUCCCGUUUUAACAUGGCUUUUUCCUUUUGUUGGUCACAUGGGAAUUGCCAUGUCAUCCGGAGUGAUUAGAGACUUUGCUGGUCCAUUCUAUGUUUCGGAAGAUGAUAUGGCAUUUGGCAGACCUACAAAAUUCUGGCGAUUAAAUCCAGCAAAAGCUUCAAGUUUGCAAAACAGCUGGGAUGUGGCCAUUUCCUCCGCCUCAGAGGAAUACAAGCACCGAAUGCAUAACCUUUGUUGUGACAACUGUCACUCCCAUGUUGCCAUGGCACUGAACAUGAUGCAGUAUGACAAGUCAACCUCGUGGAACAUGAUCAAGCUGGCUUUCUACAUGUUUAUUCGUGGCAAGUUUGUCAGUUUGAGUGCAUUUCUGAAAACAUGGCUACCUUUCACUCUGGUUGCUGCUGGGAUCAUACUCCUUGUCAUUUUCUUGUGAACAGUGAACAAUCUGUAUAUUUCAAUCAUAAUUGUCUAUAGAUACAUGUUAGAGCUACUCCUAGCUUUUGGUCAGUUCAUUCCUUAAAUUCAUAUAGCAACAUAUCAAU